CCUCCUCUGAGACACACACACACACGUCAACUUUAUUGCUUAACAUCUGACGUGGGAUUUGGAGAUUCUUUGAAACGUCUGGAGCUCUGUUUGUCUGAAGACGACUUCUGUGGAUGUGGAGGUUCUCCUGUGGACCUGAAGACUGUCAGAAUGUACGGUCUGCUGUGCGAGAGUCUGCAUGACUUCAUCAAGGAGUCGUACGGGGAUGAUGUCUGGAAACUGGUCCGAGAAAGAGCUGACGUCCGCCUCCACUCCUUCGUCACUCACGAGGUGUACAGUGAGAGUGUAAUUCCACGUAUCGCUAAAGCAGCGAGCGGCGUCACAGGAACACCUUAUAGUGAACUCAUGAACUCAUGGGGUGUUUAUUUCCUGGGAUUUGUGGGAAAAUACGGAUAUGACAGAAUCCUCAAGGUGUUGGGCCGUCACGUGCGUGACUUUGUUAAUGGUCUGGAUAACUUACACGAGUACCUGCGCUUCAGUUACCCGAAAGUCCAGCCUCCGACCUUCUUCUGUCAGGAGGAGUCGGCUACAGGUGUCACGCUGCAUUACAGGAGCAAACGGAAGGGUUACCUGCACUACGCUAUGGGUCAGCUGAGACAAAUGGGAAAACAGUUUUAUGACACGGACAUUCACGUGGAGGUUCUGUCUGAGCAGCUGGUGGGAGAUUAUUCACAUGUGACCAUGAGAUUAAACUUUGAUAACUCUGCGUAUCGCUACAUCCAGAAAGAAGAUGAGGAGGAGCAGGAGAUUCUCCCCAUCACCAGUGACUUCUUCUUUGAAGUGUUUCCCUUCAACAUUGUGUUCAGACAGGACAUGGUUGUGCAUAACGUGGGCUCUGGAUUGGCCACCGUGUUUCCUGACCUGGAUGGGAAGAAGAUCAACGAUGCUUUUUUACUGGCUCGUCCUCUUGUGGAGUUCACAUGGAACAUGAUCAUCUCCCAUCCCAACAAUCUGUUUGAGAUCAUGUCGAAGGAGCCUGUGAAGAGAGAGAGGAACCUACAUAACAGAGUUCAGAACUCUGAUUAUGAGAACGCCAACCGCUCGGCAGACGUGGACGUGGAGCUGAUGGCCUUUCAGUCAAUCAUAGGGGACGAUUAUAAAGAUGGAAACAGUGCUAAUGCGAUGGAGAGCUGGGGUGAUGGAAGCCGCUGUCUUAAACUCAAGGGUCAGAUGAGAUACAUGCCAGAGUGGGAGUCCAUCAUCUUCCUCGGGACACCGGUAGCUCACGAUCCACAGUGCCUCACGUUCUCUCUUUCCGUCUCACAGGAGCAGAAGAAAUCCAGCAAACUAGAGGAGAGCAUGAAGAUGUUGGACUAUGAGAUGAAGAAGACGGAUGAUCUUCUCUACAGAAUGAUUCCUAAACCUGUUGCUAAGAGACUGAGGAAGGGAGAGCCCGCUGUGAACACCUGUGAGGUGUUUCCGGAUGUCACCAUCCUCUUCAGCGAUGUCGUGGGUUUCACUCGGAUCUGCAGUCACAUCACGCCCAUGCAGGUGGUGUCCAUGCUCAACACCAUGUACACGCUCUUCGACACGCUGAGUGAGAAACACCGAGUGUUUAAAGUGGAGACUAUAGGCGAUGCCUACAUGGUAGUGGCCGGCGCUCCUGAAAAAACCAAGUAUCACGCUCACAACAUCUGUGACAUGGCUCUAGACAUGGUUCGGUCGAUCGAUCAUCUCAAAGAUCCGUCUAACGGAAACCACAUUCAGAUCCGUGUGGGUAUUCACUCGGGCAUGGUGGUCGCCGGGGUCGUAGGUCACAAGAUGCCUCGCUACGGUCUUCACGGGGACACGGUCCACACCGCUUCUGCCAUGGAGAGCAAUGGAAAGGAGAUGCACAUUCAGCUGAGCGGCGCCACCUACGAGCACCUGAAGGGAAGCCAUUUCAUCUUUGAAAGACGCGGUACCAUCACCAUCAAGGGGAAUGUUGAGAUUGAGACGCACUGGCUGAAAGGAAAGAGAGAUAAAGACGGGAACGCUCAGGCUGCCUGUCCUCAGUUUGAAGCUCAGACCAUCAGUAAAGCCGCCAUUUCUGCCCCCGAGCCCCCCAUCGAUGAAGAAGUGCUGGUUUUCCCAUCCGUGGCAGGUGAGGAUGAAGAUGAUGUGAAGUCCAUCCGAUCUCACCGCGUGAAGAUGGAAACCUCUGGAAACUCUCUGGAGGAGUCCACAGAGGAGUGUCGGGCGGAGGAAACGUCGGUCAGUAAGUCUCAUUGUAAGGAUCCGCUGCAGGACAGCAGUCUACAGGACCCACACAUCGCGCUCCACUCGGCUGAGUUUGAUGGACGAGAUUCCAUUAUGGAGUCUCCAGCUGGAUCCUGUGACUCCGGCUGCUCGGAGAAAAGCACCAUGUGUUCUGUGUGCUAAACGUGCCCAUCCGAAACAAUCCUUUGAUAUCUCACAUUAAUAGUCCUCAAAAUCACAAGUUUUUCACUGAAUAUGUGUUUUUUCAAAUUCUGUACAUUGGAUUCACUUUUCUGUAGUAGAUGAAAAAUAUCAGUAUUUUUAGAUUUCAGUUGAUCAGUAUUGACACUGGAAUCUGCUUCUAUAAAAAAAAAAAACGCUUAAAGGAUGAAAUCACAGAUUCUAAAGCGACACUUUCCAUGGAUGUACCGACAUUCUCAUUUCCAUGAAUCAACUCUUAAAUUUACUUGAAAAGGUUCAUAUGUAAUCCAACUCAGCAUUUAAGCAAGUGUAAGAAUGAAUCCUUCAGCUGAUUUUUUUUAUUGAUUUAUAUUUCACCUGUUUUUGUGUCUGACGUUAUCACACUUUUGUGCGUGUCUGUUGUUUUCUUUGGCGUCAUAAUAAAGCACUU